GCUUGCGUCGUGGCGAAGAGUGCUCUCUCUGCUCUGCUCUGCUCCUCUGCUCCACUCCACUGCUGCUAAUUAAGUAACUUUUUGUACAUUUUCUACCGCCGGCUCCACCGCAACACAACACAACCUCCAACCUUCCGAGCUACAUAAUGGUUUACCAAGUGAAAGACAAGGCCGACCUCGAUGCCCAGCUGCAGCAGGCGGGAAGCAAGCUGGUGGUCCUGGACUUCUAUGCCACCUGGUGCGGCCCCUGCAAGAUGAUCGCCCCCAAGCUGGCGGAGCUGGCCACGCAGUACGCCGACAACAUUGUCAUCCUCAAGGUCGAUGUCGAUGAAUCCGAGGAUAUUGCCAUGGACUACAACAUCUGCAGCAUGCCCACGUUUGUGUUCAUCAAGAACACCAACAAGGUGGAGGAGUUCGCUGGGGCCAAUGCCCAGCGGCUGGAGGAUGUCAUCAAGGCCAACAUCUAGGAUGGAUCCGGAAUGGACCGCCACACCGCUACGAGUUCUACAUAAAACAUUUAGUUAAUUAUUCCAUAAGUGCAGGGAGGAUCGGGAGCGAUCAGGAUCAAGGAGUGUUGUUUGUUUGUCCGCCAAUCGAUUUCCCCCCCUCAAAGGGAGCUGCAGUGCAGCUACCGAAAGAGUGCAGCAAUCAAAACAGUGAGAUACUAGUGGCUUUUAAUCGUUUAAACAUUUGCUUAAUUAACAAUCAAAGAACACACACACACACACACACACACACUAAACGAAUUGUAAACACAUUUGUACCGCCCCACAGCCCGCAAGCGUAAAAACUUUAUAAGAAAUAAAUGUAACACCCGUUCUAUCCGUUUGUAAA